CAGCAGAACAAGAAGGACCAAACCCUUAAAAUCAUGUAUAUAAUUUUUCCAUGACGCAUAUACUCAUAUUCAAAUAAAAGGAGAGACCCUCCUUUAUCUUUAGUCCUCAUUUGCCCGCACACUCUCGCGUCCCCGUCCUUCUCUCUCUCUCUCUCUCUGCAAGUCUCUCUCGUUAUUUCGUCUUCACCAUUCCCUGCUUGUAUCCUUCUCCAUAUACAAAAUCUUCGAGAUCGUGAGAGCUAGGGUUUGCUUAAGAUCACAACGAACAUGGUGUUUUCUUCUAUUCCAGCUUAUAAUCUCGAUCCAUCCAACUGGCAGCAGCUACCAAACCACCAACUUGUGAACACCGGGUUGAACAACAAUAGCCCCUCGCUUCCACCUCCAGCUCCACCGGCGGCCCUCCAGGCAUAUGGGUCAGGCGGCUCCAUCAGGCCAGGCUCAAUGACCGAGCGUGCCCGCCUCGCCAACAUCCAGUUGCCUGAGGCAGCUCUCAAGUGCCCCCGGUGCGAAUCGACCAACACCAAGUUCUGCUACUUCAACAACUACAGCCUCACACAGCCCCGCCACUUCUGCAAGACGUGCCGGAGGUACUGGACCCGGGGUGGGGCCCUGAGGAACGUCCCUGUAGGUGGAGGCUGCAGGAGGAACAACAAGAAGAGUAACAAGUCUAAUAACAACAGAUCGAAGUCCCCGGCAACUUGCGACCACCAGAGCGGCGGCGUAGGCUCCACAAACACCUGUACUGCCCCGUCAAGUGGUGGCUGCAGCGGCGGCUCAGCUGAUGCACUGCUAGGCCUUUCAGGGCAGAUGUCUGCACCACUCAGGUUUAUGGCUCCAAAUCUACUACACCAUCUUGGUGAUAAUUUUGGUUUUGGCGGCGGAGAAAUCAAUGGCUUGAAUAACUAUGGAGAGGUUAUUUCCCUGAUGGGAGGAGCCGAAGACUCGAACUUUCACAUGACUGGCCAUUUGGGAAGUGGCUCUGGGAUCUUUGGUGGCUCAUCAGACCCUCAUUCCAUUGGCUUUUAUCAAUUCGGAGGAGGUUCCAGUAACGAGUCACUGGGUCUCAGUGGUGGAGCUAGUCGGGUCGGAGAAAAGAUGUUUGGUCCUGGGGCGCUCUUGCACCUUGCUUCAGUGAAGUUGGAAGAUAGCCAAGAGCUGAACUUGUCAAGGCGAUUCUUGGGAAUGCCGGGAAGCGGACAACACAUGAAUGGCGCCCUCGCCGGUAGUGCAUGGACCAACAGAAGUGCAGGAUUUAGCUCUUCUUCUACGACCAGCAACAAUGCAAUGUAGAGAGACCACGAUUUGAUUUUGGUCUACGAAAAGAUCGUGGGUCUAGACGUAUGGGAAUUUCUUCGGUGUGUUUCCUGCAGCUAGUUAAUCAUCAUGUGUAGGCGUUCCGGUUUCAUAGCACGCUUCUAUGGAGGAAGGAUUUAGUAUAUUAACUAACAGACCAAAAGGGAAUUGAUAAGCACGAAUUAAUGAGAAUUAGGGCUAAAAAUGAGAGAGAGCUGCGCAAUAAUUGAGAUGCCAGCUGCUCAUGUACGUUCUUCUCGCUGUUUCAGCUUUGUAAGAUAUUUUGGUUAAUCUCCAUGUAGCUUGGGUGUUUGAAUAGGAGUUUAAUCGGGUGUUUUCAUCAACUGAAAUGAUUUAAUUUCCAUGAGCUUAUUU